UGUCUGGGGAGGGGAAAGGAAUUAAACACACUUUCAGAUUCCAAUCAAAUCAAGAAGACAUUCAAUCUGAUUCCAUUCUACCAACCCUACCUACCCAUCUACUUUAGCAUCUUCCAACUGAAUCGGCAGUAUGCCCUCCAACACAUCCAAAACGACUCCUUCCUCCACCGUGUCGGCAGAUGUACAUUCAGAUGCUUCCUCGAUCAAGUCGACAAGUACGACUUCAACCACGAAGACGAUUCUCGCAAAACUCUUCAAUCGGAGAAGUAUGUCCAUUUUGGGGGGUUAUAAUCUCACGUAUGCUGACUCGAUCACUAGCUGCAGAAGAACGAGCAAGGAGAGAUCAGGAAGCCUCGGAGAAGGAGACAAAAUAUGCGGCGCGAGCAGCGUAUUUUGCUACGCAUUAGCAUGUUGAGAGAGUUGUGGGAGUAAAGCGACGUCGAGGGAUCUAUGCAUAGCUGUGGCAUAUGCAAGGAGGAGAGAGGAAGGUGGAGGCUAAUGGUAUCGUGGUUUGGACUGAUAGUAUUAUGGUAUACGAA